GUAACUGCAAAAAAACUACAUAUCCCACAAUGCAAAGUCUGCAUACGGAAGCAAGCUUGGGCGAAACCAUUCACAAUACGGGGAGUACUUUAUGACAGAAACUAAGUAUGUUUGUAAAGAUAUAAAACUUUAGCUUCAGCUAUUCCAUCUCCAUGGUGACCGCAGGUAACAAGCUGCCAGCAGCGGAGGGAGGGAGCCAGAGGCUGUCACACAGAAGAUCAGGUUACAACAAGGUGUGUUACCGCUGCACUUUACAAUAAUGCCUACUGAAGGGAAAUCCGAUAUGGACAGGAUUGGUCUGUUCCGUGAGAUGGGCUACAUUAGUAUCGGAGACAAAUAUGUCACUCCCUGUUCUAAACCAUUUAAUGAAGCUGCAAGUAAAAACCGACAGAUGCUUCCUGGUGGUGCUAAAUCCAUGGCAAAUACAUUAGGUGGUUACUUUGAUACACAGUUCAAAAGAACAUUUGAAGGAGAAGCCUAUUCUGACCAAAUAAAACAAAGGCGACAGUAUCGGAUGCAGCAGGCCAAGAGUAAUUUAGGAAAAGCAUUUCUGCCAUCUAAUGGGGAAAAAAAGCCAUCUGGAGUUGGCAACUAUUAUGGGACUUUGGGUGGUCCAGUCCCAGCCUUAAGUGCAGCAGUCAAACCAAGAAAAGCUUAUACUGCACCAGGGAAAAACCUCUACACAAACCCUCCAAAGCAGGGCACAGGAUAUGGAUAUUCAAACCUCACCAUUGGCAAAAGCUAUACUUAUUCCUCUGACAAUUAUGAUAUAUCCAAAGAGCUCAUGAAGAAAGAGAUGGAAAGUCACAAAUCUAAACUUAAAGGCGGUGCUUUUAGGUUAAACCUGUAUCCAAAGGAUUAUUUUGACCUAAAUCCCUACCACUCUGACAAACCUUUACCGCCGCUGAAAAAAAAGACAGAGAAAAAAGAUAACGUGAAGCCAUUCAAGCCAAGCUCACCAGCUAAGGAGCCAGGUGGCAUGAAGGCUGGAACAUUUGACCAAUAUCCAUCUCAUUCCAAUGAUCCUUAUGGAAAAAGACUUACUAAGAGCGCAAAUGUUGUCAAAGGAGGAAAAACAUUCCAGCCUCCAGCAGGGCCCAAAUCAUAUCCAAUAAGAAGUAUUUUGGAAUCACAUGUUAUAAAGUCAGUGAACCCAGUAAAUUACAAGACUAUGACCCUGAGGUCAUACUGACGGCCAGCCCAAUGUAACUAUGUUUAAUGCCAAUGUACAUGUGACAAUACAAAUACAAUCAUUAUAUAAUGCGCCUGUACAGUUUAUAUUUUUACUAAAUAAAAUGCAGUAUAAGCUUCAUACAUGCA